AGCAAGUUAACGACUUGAACAAAAACACGCGCCACACACGCGGCAGUGACAUGUUUCUUAAACGAUCGCUCGUCGAAUUUGAUCGAGAAAUGCUGCAAAUAUUCUGGAUCUCCUGGUUAGUAUUCACCGCUGGGGCAAACGGCACUGCUCUCAAAUGUAGCAGGACCUUGGAAGGAGUCUCCCCGAAACCGAAUCCUGGUCACUUCCAAAUUGAAAUCUCCGGAAACCCCGCCACUUACGUUCCGGGAGAACAAUACACCGUAUUCUUGCGAAACAUUCAGCAACCCGUCGAGGAAAAGUUCGUCGAAUUCAUCCUCACGUUCGAGAGCCAGAAGAAGUCCUCACCACCGCCCUCCAUCCAGCUGUACGGCGACUCUUCAACCAAGUUCAGCCAGGAAUGCCCCAAUGCAGUCACUUCAGCCGACUCCCAGCCCAAAUCCGAGAUCCAGGUCUUGUGGCUGGCUCCCGCCAGCGGGAACGGAUGCGUGUCCUUCAAGGGAGCCGUGGUGGUGACCGAUGGGCUCUGGUACGGGGAGGACGGGCCGCUGACCAAGGUCCUUUGCGAGGACUCUCAGGAUACCGACGACAUCCAGCCCAAUAUUCUCAAGCAUUGUUGUGCAUGCGACGAAGCGAAAUACGAAGUCACCUUCGAGGGCCUCUGGUCCCGCAACACCCACCCGAAGGACUUCCCCGCCAACGGAUGACUAACCCGCUUUAGCGACAUCAUCGGGGCUUCGCACACUGUAAAUUACACUUUUUGGAAAUACGGCGACAUCGCCAGUGAAGGACUCCGUCAACUGGCGGAGAACGGAAACACGAGAAUGCUCGAAAGCGAACUGAAAGCAAAGAGCGAUCACAUAAGGACCAUCAUUAAAGCGAGAGGCAUCAGCUAUCCCAAUAUCACCGGAAAAACCUUCGCUGUGUUCCGGGUGGACAAUCGCCACCAUCUGAUGUCCAUUGUCUCGAUGAUCGAUCCCUCGCCUGACUGGAUUGUGGGGGUUUCGAGUCUAGAACUGUGCCUCAGGAACUGCUCCUGGGUGGAAUCGAAGGUGCUUAAUUUGUACCCGUGGGAUGCCGGGACUGACGAUGGAAUCACCUACAUCUCCCCUAAUCAGCCAUCUUCGCCUCGCCAACCCAUAAAACGCAUCAAGUCGAACAACCCCAACGACCCUCGUUCCCCAUUUUACGACAAAAGUGGUGCCGAAAUGAAACCCUUAGCCAGACUCUACUUGUCCAGACAACGUCUGUACGAGAAAAUCUGCGACCCCUCUAGUGGAGAUGAAAACUACGACGAGAACGACUCCUGCGAAACCGAGCCAUGGUCGGACUGGUCCCCGUGCUCGGCCACGUGUGGCAGGGGUGUCAAGUACAAGCAGAGGAGGUACAAGAACGAAGAGAGCAAGUAUAUUUGUCAUAAGAGACUGACGGAGAGAGCGGGCUGCGAAGCUGUGCAGAAGUAUUGUCCUCAUCUGCCUGCCAGGGAGGUGGAGGACCCCAUGUGUGUGCUGGGGGUGUGGAGCGAGUGGUCGAGUUGCAGUGUUACGUGUGGAAGAGGAACGAAGACGAGGGAUAGGAAGUACAAGAACAGGUUGGCGGCGAAGAGUUGUUCUGCGCCAAAGGUUAAUCCGCCGAAGCUACAGGAGAACUUGGAGUGUUUUGGGGAAGGUAAAUGCGAUGAUUUAGAAGUUGAUGAACUGCUGAAAAACUGCCCGGAAAAGCCCUGGACUGAGUGGUCGCCCUGUUCCGUAACUUGUGGAAAGGGUUUCAAAGUGCGGUACAGGCUUUCACUGCAGUCCCAGAACUGGCCGUUUAUUCCCAAUGCUGAAACAAAUUACGAUGAAACCGAGGAAUUCGACGAGGAUGACCCUUGCAGCCACCAAAAACUCAAAGAGACGGUCGAGUGUUUCCAGAAAGUGUGUAUCGAGGAAGAGGGUCAGGUUCCCGAAAAAGGCUACGUCUGCAGCCUCCCCAAGGACGUCGGCUCCUGCAAAAGCAACAUCGACCGCUGGUUCUUCGACAACAUUAAGGGAAACUGCGAGAUAUUCAGCUACAGCGGUUGCGACGGCAAUUCGAACAAUUUCCGAACUCUCGAACAGUGUCAGAAAAUUUGCGCCGACUACCAGAAGGAAUUAAUCGCGAACCUUACGGCUCAUAAACGACAGCUCGACGUAACGAUUUCUGGCGUCCUCUCCUACAACAUCCAAAACGACGCUAUCAAUGUUUCAGCGCCCUCGUAUCGACCUUACAGCCAGAUACAGCUGCAAACGCCGAACGUCACUGACUGCGAGCUCACCAAGUGGUCUAGCUGGAGCCACUGUAGUGCGAUGGGGCGGUGUGGGAGUGGAUAUAAGUCUAAAUAUAGAGAAAUUAAGGUGCUUCCAAGCAACGGGGGAAAACCGUGCUCCAAAAAGUUGACGAAAAGGAAAAAGUGCCACAUUCCUUGUACGAACGAAGUGGGGAAAAUCCAGUAUAGCUUGCACACUUUUGAUAAUAUAAGAGUUGAUUGUGUCAUGUCGGCUUGGUCAAACUGGACCAAGUGCGACGGGAAAUGUACUAAAGGGCUAUAUCAAGAAAGGUACAGACAUGUGGUGGUCCAUCCGACACCCAAUGGAACGCCGUGUCCGAGCAAAAUUGAGAAAAAACCAUGUUUGUGUCGUCAGUAACUUUUUUAACUCAUAUCGACUAAUCUGAUGUAUGAAAGCAACGAAGCGAGUAUUCUACAUAGGAGUAUCUAAAAAUAGUAGCAUAUGUAGCUCACUUUCGUAACACUUAUUUAUUUACGAAAAUUGAAUUUGUGACAAUAAGUCUAACUUGUGAGGCUGUUUGUGGUUUUCUAUCGUAAUCUACACACAUACCUAUCUGUAGAUUGGAGAGUUAACGUUACUUUUCUAAAUUUAACUAUUACUGUUGUAAGUCUAAGUUGUGUAUGAAUUAUUGGAAUUUAAUGUUCGUUUAAUAAAAUUUAAAUAAAUG